AUGAGCAGUCGUGGCGAGGAACGUUUCGUCCCAGUGAAGACCCUUGAGUGUACCAUCACCAUUGCAUUCUUAGCAACUCUUGAGGAGAAGGAGGUCAAGGAAGCUGCCCUUGAGGAGGUUGGUGAUAAUGCCUAUAGGUGGCAGUCCUUGGUAGAUUCCCCCACCAAGCAGUUCUGCUCUCGGCUACCACUGAAGGAGGAGUACCAGCGACGCCUGGCACAGUUGCGAUUUGAAGGCACUCGCUCGUGCGAUUCCUUUUCGCGGAAGGUUAAGGGUAUUUAUGUUUUGUAUGGUGAGGUAUAUCCUUCCGAUCGGAGUGAGUUGAAAUUGAUGACCCGCCUUAUCGUUGGUAAGCUCCCUAUGAAUCUUAGGAAGCAUACUGUUGAUAGAAUACGCAGUUGUCAUCAAGCAAUGUCAGGAGGGGUGUGGCAUUUUGAAGAUGAUGUCCACCAGGAUUGGGAAUCUCUACUUCCUCUUUUCUCUACUUCUGGUCCGAGUGUCUCUGGGGCUAUAAGGUCGGCAUGUCGUUCGUUUGAGGACUCUGAGGUGUUGGGCAAGGACCCUACUGUUCACAGUCAUCCCACUUCGUCCCCUGUUAAGGUUGCUCGUAUCCAGGAGAUUGAGAACAUCGAGAAGUCCUGUGUCUCCGUCUUCUAUGGUGCUGGUGCCGACUCUAAGAACCGUGAGAAGGUUAAAGCUCUGACGAAAGCCGAUGUGGUCUAUUGUGGUAAGAACCGUAGAGGGAAGCCGUAUUGUAUAUUCGGGUUCCGUAAGGAGACCUCGAUGCCUGAUGGAGACUUUCCCAACGGCCAGUUUUUCGUUCGACCCUAUCGUUGCCGUCAAUCGUCUGGGGGUGAAGGGUUUCGACUCUCACGAGGAUUGACUGAUAAAAAUUCUCAAGUAGAGAAGAGUCCGGAUGUGGUUGCCCAUGCGGUUACUGGUGGCGGUAUUAUUCCCCCUGAGAUCACUGUGAUGUCUCCUGAGGAUCCUCGUGGUCGUUGCCUGGUCACUUGGGAUGAUGGUACUGAGCCAGAAUGGCUGACCCUGGGAGAGGAACAGUGGGAGUUCUCUGAUGAAACUAGUCCGCCGAAGUUGUCCCGAUUGCCCAGAAGAAAGAAGUGUCGCACAGGUGUUGUGCGAGGGGGCGUGUAG